CGAGACCGCCCUGGUCUGAUGUCAGACAAGAGCGCACACCGCGGGGACAAAAGGGUCACAUUUGUGCUGAAGUUGAUUGAGGGAGGGGCCGUCGAAUCUGUGCUGGCCGAUCUCGUCCGAUCUCGCCCGCUAGCGGCAGCCACGUAGACGAGCCUUCCUAUGCUAUUGCCACGUGGCGAGCGGGUUACCUUUCUCAUUUUGCCGUGGACUGUUGGGCCACCUGCUUCGCCCGCUGACAACGGCGGAGGGUAGCAGUCCUCUCUACCAUAGUCACGAAGCAGAGGGGCGGAAACAAGUAGACACUUUGGAAGAAGAGGAAGAAGAGGAGGAGGACGAGUAGGAAGACGUAGGGCGGGAAGAGGAAGGAAAGAGGGGAAAGCGAAGGCAAAAGGAAGGAAAGAGGGGAAAGCGGCGGCAAAAGGAAGGAAAGAGGGGAAGAGGCGGGAAAAGGAAGGAAAGAGGGGAAGAGGCGGGAAAGAAGGAAAGGAAGAAGAAGGCGGGAAGAGGAAGGAAAGAAAGAAAAAGGCGGGAAGAGGAAGGAAAGAGGGGAAGAGGCGGGAAAGAAGGAAAGGAAGAAAAAGGCGGGAAGAGGAAGGAAAGGAAGAAAAAAGGCGGGAAGAGGAAGGAAAGAGGGGAAGAGGCGGGAAGAGGAAGGAAAGAGGGGAAGAGGCGGGAAGAGGAAGGAAAGAGGGGAAGAGGCGGGAAAGAAGGAAAGGAAGAAAAAGGCGGGAAGAGGAAGGAAAGGAAGAAAAAGGCGGGAAGAGGAAGGAAAGAGGGGAAGAGGCGGGAAGAGGAAGGAAAGAGGGGAAGAGGCGGGAAAGAAGGAAAGGAGGAAAAAGGCGGGAAGAGGAAGGAAAGAGGGGAAGAGGCGGGAAGAGGAAGGAAAGAAGGGAAGGGGAGGGAAAGGAAGGGAAAAGCGGGAAAGGAAGAAAAAGAAGGCAAAGGAGGUCGUAUUGGUUAAGUGGUGAAGGAGAAGCAACGGAGGGGGUAGCCGUGGCCACCGGUGAUUCGCCCUGCCGCUCGCGGGAUGCAGAAGUCGUCCGGAGGAGGAAAAGAAGAGACUAAGAGGACAUCCACAAGAGGACAACUUCGCUGGACGUAUCUGACUGCAAUUACGGCCGGUCCUGGAUGAAUGUGAUCGCAAUUCCGUCGCCAGAGCUGCCAAAGAAGUCUUAGAGUGAGUAUGAUCUUGAGGACGACGAGGAAGGAAAAGGAGUGCCAUCGGUGUUGGGAGGAGGUAUGGCUGCCGGCGGCGCCGCCAUCCGCCGGCAUAAACUAGACACAACAUAAAUAAGGAUCGAGAAUAAAGGGGAGAGAAGACGAUACAAAAGAAGGGUAGGAGAAGUAGGGGGAGGAGGAGGAGGAGGUGGAGAGUAGGGGUGAUAGGAGUAGUAGAAAGACACGCAAAAGGAGGAGGAAAAGGAGGAGGAGGAGAGAAGAACAGGAGUUAACUCUUCUCUAAGGUGGUAAAGCCAUAGCUAUGGCUACCUCCAGCGGUAGCGGCAGCAGGGGGGACGGGAGCGCUGACCGACCCUCCUCGACUGUCCGCUCCGAUUCCACCCGUGAUCUCGCUCUCGAUCCUGUGUCAUUAGAUGAUAGUGCAGAUGGCCCACGCGAGUACGAUGUCAGCGAAGGCAUUGAUGCUCUCGGAUUCGGUUGGUUUCAGGUCAUGAUGUUGUUUUAUUCCGGCCUUGCUUGGGUUGGCGAUGCCAUGGAGAUGCUCCUCCUCUCGUUCGUCGGCCCUGCCGCGAAGUGCGAGUGGAACUUGAAUGGGACAAUGGAGGGAGCUGUCACGAGUACCGUCUUCGUUGGGAUGUUGUUCGGUGCGUACGUAUGGGGAGCCGUCUCUGACGUGAAGGGACGGCGAGCGGGGUUUUUCAUGACGGCCUGUUUCACGGCUGUGUUUGGAAUACUUAGCAGUUUCUCGUUUAGUUAUUGGUGGUUGAUUUUAACCCGUGGUUUGGUGGGGUUUGGUCUAGGAGGCGUGCACGUGCCGUACGCCUUGUUCCUGGAGUUUGUACCUGGUCAAGAUCGAGCCUUCUGGUUAGUCGUAAUUAACGUAUUCUGGACAGUCGGGUCGAUAGUAGAGGCGCUGCUGGCGUGGGCCAUCAUGCCGACGCUCGGCUGGCGAUGGCUGGUAGCGGUGUCGGCCGCCCCGCUCAUCGUGCUCCUCAUUCUCUACCCCUUUCUGCCCGAAUCGCCGCGUUUCUUGCAGCUCAAAGGCGACCUUGAUUCGCUCAACGCGAUGUUUAGGAAGAUAGCAAUUUACAAUGGCAAGCCGCCGUUGGCGGGCAAACUGGUAUUGAAGGGUGCCCCGCCGGAGGAGGAGUUCUCUCCCUCCUCUUUGCUUCCGUCUUUCUCGCUCAAGAAGCGGUUGUUGCCCCUGUCUCCCUCGUCGAAAUUAGGGUUAGGCUGGGCGCGUUUGUCGAAGUCGUCCUCCAUCGGCGAUGGCGAGGCCGAAGGCAGAGGGGUAGAAGCGGAAACGGCCGGAAGCGGUGCUGGCAAAGCCGCCGUCGCGUCGCCGCCGGGAUCCGGGGCGCACAAGGCGGAUACGGCGUGGGAAAAGGUGUGCGCGAUUCUGUCCCCAUCUUGGAGACGUACCACUCUGCUUCUCUGGAUGGUCUUCAUCGGCUGUGCUUUUUCUUAUUAUGGAAUCGUCUUGUACACGACUGAAGUGGCUCUUCAGCACGGUAAUAAUCCCUCCCCUCGGGGCAUUCACCCCCUCUGGCGGGAGGACUGUAAUCCUUCCAACGGCACGGACGAUGGGACUUGCAUCGGAAAAGGCAGACCGAAGUUCGACAACAGCCAGUACAGGGACGUGUUGUUGGCGAGCUUCGCGGAGGUUCCUGGUCUCAUAGCAACGGCGAUAAUGGUGCAGACGAUGUCGAGGAGGGUGAUGUUGGCCAUCUUCUUUGUGGUGGAUGCUGUGGCUCUGGCGCCGUUCUUCCUCAUUCGAACGCGCGAGGUCGUGGUCUUCCUCCUCUUCGUUGCGCGGGCGGCUGUGAGCGGAGCGUUCACAGCAGCCUAUGUCUACGCCCCCGAAGUUUAUCCGACGACUGUCAGAAGCACUGGUCUCGGUAUGGCAGCUGGGAUGGCGAGAAUUGGGGGUCUGAUUUGCCCGUUUGUGGCAGUGGCGCUCGUAGAAGGCUGCCAUGAAACAAUCGCGGUCGCUAUCUUUAUAGUAAUAGCGGUAGCGUCGGCGGCCGCCUCCGUGCUGCUUCCGAUCGAGACGAGGGGGAAGCAACUCACCGAUUUCUUGGGCGAGAAAGCUGUUGAGCUGCCCAGGCUUCCUCCCCGUUAGCAGGCGGCAGUUAAUGGAUCUUCCAGAUUCUGUCAAAGUAGUACGAGUGCAAGGUUGACCUAAGCGUUCAACCACGCAGAGACAGUCUCUCUCUUUCCGCUCGCUCAUCUCUUUCCCCCGUUCCUGUGAAGUCUUCGUUGCUAUAAUUCCUCUCUCUCUCUCUUUUUCUCUCUCUCUCUCUCUCUCUUUCUCUCUCUCUCUCUCAGAGAACCUGCUCUGUCCAAUGCUUUUCUCGUUCUCCCAUGGCAGUGAAAUUUGUUCCUCGCUUCUCUUGCAGUGAAAAUUUUGUUCAUCUCUCUCUCUCUCUCUCUCUCUCUCUCUCUCUCUCUCUCUCUCUCUCUCUUCCAAGUGGCGAACCUCUGUUGCUUUGGCGGUGUUGCUUUGGCGGCGUCUUUGUCUGUCUCUGUUUGUCUGUGUUUGUGUGUCUGUCUGUUUGUGUCUGUAUUUAUCUUGGUAAUUCGACUAUGUUCCGACUCAAUGGCGCUGCAAGCUUGUGCGACGACAAUGCGCAUCGCUUUCUCUUCUUCUCUCCUCUCUCCCUCCCGUAGCAUCGCUUUCUUUUCUUCUCUCCUCUCUCCCUCCUGUACCUUUCUUCCCCAAUCUUAUAUGCUGAGGUGUCCAUCAGUUGGUCAACAUAGCGAUGCAGAGAUCUUUCACUUCACUCCUUUCCCCCCCCUCCGCCCUCUCAGUUCUCUGGCUGCCUUUUCUUCCUUCUCUGCCAUGUGUUGAUGCUUAGCCCUCCACCCCCCGGCCCCCCUCUCCCUCCUCCCCGGCCGCGCACGAUCUGUCCAGCCACCCGUUGGUUAUAUUCUGUUGGGUUGGCGGACUUGUACGAGAGCCAGAGAACUGCUGAAGAACCGGCGGAGAUUCGGAGAAGCAGCGGGGGACCGAAUGGCGCAGGAAGGAAUGGGGGAUGAGGGCCGAGAAGAAAUGGGGGAGGAAGAGGGAGUAGAUGGAGGGGUGCUUUUUUAUUAGGCUAAGUAAAUACGGUGGAGGUUU